AUAAUGUUAAAGUCAAUAAACAUAAUUUUUGUUGAAAAUGUCUGAUAUUAAAGUUUUAAAAGUUGUGAAUUCAUCUCAAGCAAUUUUAAGGCCCUAUAGUACAUACUGAUUUUUUGCAUCUAUUGAUAAAUGAAAAAACAUUUUUGGUUAUAUUUAGUAAAUGAUGAAUUGUUUAAUAGAGCGAGAAAAUUUUUGUUGAUUUAUAGAACUAGAAGUCUUCACUAAGAAUCAAAAACUAUUAGUUACUGACAUAUAUGUCAUAGUAGAUAUAGUAGUGUAAUAUAUAGUAUACCACAUAAUGGUUCUUCAUGCUGUUGUGGGACCUGAUAAUUUGGUACAUGUAACAGGGUUAUUGCCCAUUGAUAAAACUUCAACUGUUCCGAAAAUUAUUCAAGGUGGUCUAGAAGAACAAUUCGAUCAAGUUAUGAUGUAUUUAAAAGCUAUUUUAGAAACUGCAGGUUCUUCUCUAGAUAAUAUUGUUAAGACUAGAUUGAAUUUAAAGAACUUAAAUGAUAGUAAACUUCUGAACGAAUAUUAUAAAAAAUAUUUUAAUGCUCCAUAUCCUGCUAGAUUUUAUAUACAAUGUAAUGAAAUAGCUGUAGGUAGUCUUCUACAGUUGGAAGCAGUUGCAGUAGUUGGAACAAUAAAAAAAUCAAUAAUAGAGACAGAUGUAAACUAAUAUUUAUCAAAAUUUAACAUAAAUGAAAACAAAAAUAUAAUGGUAAUUACUUGAAGUCAUAACAAAAUUCAUAGUUAGGUGGAUCAUCAGGUACAGGUGGAGGAUCUUGAGGAAUGUCUACACCAACACCUUCUGCAUCUAAUAAUCUCAACUUUAUUUCCAUUGAUAGUAAUGUUUCUAAGUCAUUUUCAGCUUCUUUACUAGUCAUCUUAUUACCUAUAAAAUAUCAAAAUAAUGAAUCAUAUAAUUCAAGUAA